AUGUCUGAUCGCGUUGAAGAAGAAGAAGACGACUUCGGGGGACCUUUGCUCGUUGAGCAGCUAGAGAGCAGUGGCAUCUCGGCUAACGAUAUCAAGAAACUCAAGCAAGAGGGUUACCACACAGUGGAGAGUGUUGCCUAUGCUCCCAAGAAGGCGUUGCUCACGGUGAGAGGCAUUUCGGAGGCGAAAGCUGACAAAAUCAGUAUCGAGGCUGCGAAACUCGUGCCUAUGGGCUUCACUACGGCGUCUGAAUUCCACAGCAGAAGAUCUGAGUUGAUUUGCCUCACCACAGGUUCGAAGCAGUUGGACACCUUGCUAGGUGGAGGUGUCGAAACAGGAUCCAUCACUGAGGUGUUUGGAGAGUUUCGUACCGGUAAAUCACAGUUGUGCCACACUUUGGCCGUGACGUGUCAGUUGCCCAUCGAUAUGGGAGGUGGUGAGGGCAAGUGUCUUUACAUCGACACUGAGGGCACAUUCAGACCCGUGAGACUUGUGCUGAUUGCUCAGCGGUACGGCUUGAACCCGGACGACUGCUUGGACAAUGUAGCUUACGCUAGAGCCUAUAAUGCUGAACAUCAGUUUCAGCUUUUGCACCAGGCGGCUCAGAUGAUGUCUGAAUCGCGAUUCUCGUUGCUUGUGGUGGACUCGAUCAUGGCCUUGUACAGAACAGAUUUCUCUGGUCGAGGCGAGUUGUCGGCGAGACAAAGUCAUGUGGCGAAGUUCAUGAGGACUUUGCAGAGGUUGGCCGAUGAGUUCGGUAUUGCCGUGGUAAUUACGAACCAGGUGGUUGCCCAAGUCGAUGGUAUGGCGGGUAUGUUCAACCCAGACCCUAAAAAACCAAUUGGGGGUAAUAUUAUUGCGCACAGCUCGACCACACGGUUGUCUUUCAAAAAGGGUAGAGGAGAGCAGAGAAUCUGUAAAGUGUACGAUAGUCCGUGCUUGCCCGAGAGUGAGUGUGUGUUUGCCAUCUAUGAGGACGGCAUUGGCGAUCCAAAGACAGAGGAUGAUGAGUGA